AUGUCUGAGAGUGAAAGCGAGUUUGCGUCAGUGUCCGAGAAAACCAGGCUGAUGGACGGACAUGUGGAGACGAACGGAAGUGGCAAUUCGCUGUCGGGUGACUCGAGGGUAGGUCCUGAGGGCUCUCGCAAACGGAGGUCCCGCAGGCUACCCGAAGACGACGAUGUUCCUGAAGCCCAGAUAGUCACCGGGGGCAGCAGUCGGCCCCCACCUGUAGAUUACGAAGUCGCAGAACUCAGAGACGAGGAGGAAGAGUUGAAAUACGGGGCCAAGCACGUUAUUAAGCUGUUUGCCCCCGUGUCUCUGUGCAUGGUGGUGGUAGUCGCGACUAUAAGUGCUGUGAACUUCUAUUCCGUCAAAGAUAUGUAUUUGGUUUAUACUCCGUUCCAUGAAGAGAGUUCAGACACCAGCACGAAGGUCUGGAAUGCGGCGGCCAAUUCGCUGAUUCUGAUGGCUGUUAUUGUAGUAAUGACUGUCUUGCUGAUUGUGUUAUAUAAAUAUAGGUGUUACAAGACAAUUCAUGGAUGGCUGAUCCUCUCGUCUUUAAUGUUGUUAACCGUCUUUUCGUACCUUUAUUUGGAGGAAAUUCUGAGAGCUUACAAUAUUCCCAUGGAUUACCCCACAAUAGUGUUACUGAUGUGGAACUUCGGUGUGAUGGGCAUGGUGUGCAUUCACUGGCAAGGCCCUUUGGUUCUCCAACAAGCUUACCUUAUUUUUGUUGCGGCCCUUAUGGCUCUAGUUUUCAUAAAAUAUCUUCCAGAAUGGACAACGUGGGCUGUUCUAGCUGUGAUUUCAGUCUGGGAUUUAGUCGCUGUGUUAAUGCCCAAGGGCCCUUUGAGAAUACUCGUCGAAACAGCUCAGGAACGAAACGAACAAAUUUUCCCCGCUUUGAUUUAUUCUUCAACUUAUAUGUAUGCUUAUACCAGCAUGGCCACCCCUUCAAACGACGAGAACCCCCCUCGGGGGGCUGCAGCCCGAUCGUCUGCUGAUUCAACCGAGGAACACGGUUUUACGCAAGACUGGGUUGAUAAUCAUUCUAGUAGAGUUGCCCAAAGACGGUUGGAAGUGCAUGACGUUCCGCGGGGAGCCCCCCGGACGCAAAUUCAUCAAGAGGAGGAAGAACGGGGCGUCAAGUUGGGUUUGGGUGACUUUAUUUUCUACAGCGUUUUGGUGGGGAAAGCGUCGUCUUACGGGGACUGGAAUACCACCUUAGCCUGUUUCGUGGCCAUUCUUAUUGGACUUUGCCUCACGUUACUUUUGUUGGCGAUCUUCAAAAAAGCAUUGCCAGCGCUUCCGAUCUCUAUUACCUUUGGUCUGAUUUUUUAUUUCGCAACCAAAGAAAUAGUUAGUCCCUUUGCUGACAGUUUAGCAAACGAACAAGUAUUUAUUUAGCUACUUGCUAUUUUAUCAAGUGAAAACUCUAAUUUAAUAAUUUAGGUUUUACGAUUUUUUUUUCUGUAAUUUUAUUAAUAAAAAUUAAUAUUUAUAAUCGUCA